UGGGAUCGCGGUGGACGGACUGCACAGACGAACGGUCGCGCGGACGGACGAACGGCGGCCGGCCGUCCGGUGGGGGGAACUCGUCGGUAACGGUGGCGGUGGCGACGGCGGCGGCGGUGAUCGACGAAGACGCGCCGGGCGAAACUGGGUUGUCCUCCGGCCCGGCAGUGGAACAGACGCAUCCGAUACGCGAACAACACUCUCUCGUCGCGCGGCAGCACACACAACGCGCACGACGAUCGUAUAACAAUAAUAAUAUACGAUAUUAUUAUAACGAUAAUGAUAAUAAUAAUAAUGGUUGUAGGGCAGUAGUAGUGAUCGCAAAUAAUAUUAUCCGAUCCGUCGGACCUUAGGACCGCGCUCAGUGAUCGUGUAAACCUCAUGGGGUUUAAUGCUGUUGCAGUUUCGUUUGCAGACGACGACCGCGUGUGAAUUUUAUACGCGAAAUAACAUUCGUAUUUGUUUGCUUGUAAUUUAAUUUCAAUUUUUUUUUUUUUCAUUUUUUUCGUUUUAUCGAUAUCCGUGCGAAUCCGUUUUUUUUGUUUGUUUGUUCGCGCCGCGGUUUUCUCUUAUUUCUAUUUCGCGCAUCUCGUUUUUUGGUUUUUGCCGAACGAUCUGCGAAUAAUAAUAAAAAAAAAAACGUUCGGUGUUUUUCGGUGUCGUCCACUGCGACAUGGCCGCGCCGAAGCUAAUAUUAAAUAAUUUAUCGUUUCGUGACGGCCGUUUAAACUUUUGAAGUGUCCAAGUGUGUUCCGCGUGAGGAUAACGCAACGACUCCGCCGCUGCAUCCGCUGCCCCGCCGACGCUCGACGGAUCAUCAGAUAAAAGCAGAUAUUUCGUAUUUUUAUUCCUGCUCCCUGGAGGUUGCUGCGAAGACACAGCCUCAGACCACGGCGGUCUGUAGAUGAUCUACUAAUCAGACGGCGUGGCCAAAGUGAUGAGCGUGGUGGACACGUCUCCUCCGGCGUGGUACACCUACUACCCACGACCCGUGGUCGCAUCAGUAGCGCAUCCUCGCGACCCGUCCAGCAUGCGCGAGAAGCACUCGAGCCCGCGCAAGAUGGUCGCCGUGCCCGCAGUGGUGCCGUGCGUGUCGCCCAAACAGGGUUCCGUCUAUCCGGCUCACCACCACCAUCACCACCAUCAUCGCCGGCAUCACGACCAGCUGGACCAUCGCCAUCGCCGUGACGACGAAGGAUCGACCGCGGACCACGACGAGGACGACGAGGACGACGACGAAAUGAUGCCGUUCGACUUGUCCCGCAACGGCGGCAGCUCUCCGUCGUCGUCGCCGCGAUCUCCGCUCCGGUCGCACCGCAUGUCGCCGGCCGCGUUCAAACCGUACGACGGCAGUGGCAAUAACGCCAACAACGAUCAGCCGCUCGACCUUCGCGUGGACUACAAGAAGUCGCGUCGUGGCGACGAGAUGGAGGACGAGAACCAGAACCUGAUCAUCAGGACGCCGUCACCCGAAGACAUCCAGGUCGACAGUCCUGGACCUCCUUCCGAAAUCCGGUACGCGUCUCACCACAGCGACCACAACGAUCAGGUGCACAGUCCGUGUUCGUCGUCCGACAAGGAAGUGAACGUGACCGACGACCACGUCCAACACCAUCGCCACUACCAAUCGGCCCAGCAGCACCAAAACCAGCUGCAGCACCACCAACAGCAACACCACCACCAGCAGCAGCAGCAGCAGCAGCAGCAGCAACAGCAACAGCAACAUCACCGCCGAGGUGGCAUAACCGUCGAAGACGAUCGACAUCAUCACCAGCGGAUGGUCAACUAUCCGGUGCUGUUCCCGCCUCAGCCACUUCACCCGAUGAUGUUGGAGGCCAUUUACAGGGCGGGCGCCGUGGGCGACAAGUCUCGCGGCAUGCCUCCGCUGGCCGGUUACCAGACGGGCAGCGGUUACCACAGGCCGCCGCAGCACUAUCCGUUCAUCAACGGGCCGCUUCUCAACGGGCACCACCACGUGCCGCCGCCGACGUACGACGUUGUCAGACAGCCACCGCCGCCGCCACUGCCGCCGCCCGUGGCCAGAUCUCCGCAGCAGAAGUCGUCGGCGUUCCAGGAGACGUCCGGCAAACCAAAAGACAGGUACUCGUGCAAGUUUUGUCAGAAAGUGUUCCCGCGUAGCGCCAACCUGACGAGACACCUGCGGACGCACACGGGCGAACAACCGUACAAGUGCAACUACUGCGAACGGUCGUUCAGCAUAUCGUCCAACCUGCAACGGCACGUGCGCAACAUACACAACAAGGAGAAGCCGUUCAAGUGUCCGCUGUGCGAGCGGUGUUUCGGGCAGCAGACCAACCUGGACCGGCACCUCAAGAAGCACGAGGCCGACGGGCCGACCAUAAUGGACGACCGGCUGUCGUCGUCCGCGGCCGUGGUGGCCGCGGCCGCGGCGGCCGCAGCGGCCAACCGGAGGCGCCCGUCCCGCGGCCCCGGCGCCACCGACGAGUCGUAUUUCGAGGAGAUCCGAUCGUUCAUGGGCAAGGUGAGCGAGGACGGCAGUCGGUUCGCCGCCGCCGCCGCCGCAGCCGCCGCGGCCGCUGCCAUCGGCCACGGUCGGGGCGUCGCGCACCAGGCCGGCGGCGGGCGACGACAGUCCACGACGUCCGCCUCGUGUCCGUACCGCCGAGGUUCGCCGGGCGACGCGUCUCCGGCCGAAAAGUUCUCGUCCCGAUCGUCCGCCUCGUCCGCCGGUUCCACGGAAUCCUCUGGCGACGCGGCCGCGACCGCCGCCGAAAAGGAGUGCGUCAACAGCACCUGACCCUCCGCCUCUGCGGCUUCCCAUCGCGAUCGUCGCACCGUCGCUGCCGAUACCGCGACCGCGGUCACCGAGUCUCGUGGUCGUCGUCGAACACGCGGUUGACGAUUUCCCCGACGAUGACGACGAAGACUCGCCAGUGCGUACCGGUCGGUCGAAUGCGGCGGUCGGAUCUCCUCGUGCGCACAUUAUAAUAAUAAUAAUAUAAUGUGUAAACCGUCGCGUCAAGCUGAUUUUCUUUUUCUUCGCGUACGCAAUACAUCGCAAACGCGUCAAUUUUUCUCUACGCAAUUUUCGACGAGGUAACGAAUAAUAAUAAUAAUAAUAUAUUAUAAUAUAAUACGAGUAAUUUUUAAUACGAUAUUUUAGCAUAUAUUCUUAUAGUGGUACUUGUACCUACGUAGUUUUUAAUCGCGGAUUGUAUUAUUAUAUAUAUAUAUUUAGGUGUAAUUUGUAUUAAUAGUUUAUCAUUAUUGCGUGUAAAUAUUUUGUGUCGUACGAUCUACGCAUGUUAUUAUAUCAUAAGAUUUAUGUUGUAUUUUUGUAAAAACUCGCUGCCCCCCGCAACCGCGACCGCGAUCGUUCUGUGAUAGCAAUGAUACAGGUGAAUGUCGAGAUCAGCUCCUCGCAUCGGAUAGGUUUCACUAGCUUUUGACAAUAUUAUCAGCGGUACGUAUACUUGCAAUGCCGAAUCCGUAUGUUAAUAUUAUAAUGAUAUACGUAUAAUGUUAUGCUAAUCUAGUUUGACUAUAAUAAUAUUAUGUUAUGUUCGUAGUUUCGAUUUUUACCCACCGUCAUCCCACACGCUUUUGUUUCGAUCGUAACAGAAUUUACUAAAAGACUUAAAAAUAAUAUUAAUUUAAAAACUCGCACCUACAGGAGUAGUUUAAUACUUAUAUGUACGCAGUUAUGUCGUACAGUGACGACUGUAAUAUCAUAUCGUAUAGAAUCGAUCGGUAUUCGGAAUGGUCCGUCGUCGAGAAAUCACGCCACCUGCAUAACCGAAUAGUUUACACCGCACAAUGCGUUACGCGGAGAAUCAGGGUCCAGAAAAUUCAAACACUUUUCUCGAUUCCUUGUCACACUGUCAUCAGCUCACUACAAUAUAAUGGCCUUAUAGAUGAAUAUUUUUUUACGCGCUUUUGGGCUUGCCGUCGGACUUGAAACGAUUCCGAACACGGUCGACAGUCGGGUCCGGCGAAGUGGGAACGGGGGGGCGAAAAGAAUAUCUCGAGAGAUAUCACGCUUUACUGACUCGGUGGUGGUUUCGUAUCGAACGAAUCGGAUGACGACGCGGUCGUACAGAUAUAGAGGUAGGUACAUAUUAUAGUGUAUUAGAAAACGGUUUCUCUAUCGGCCAAUAGUGCAUUUCGCAUUACCAUAAUAUUUAAAACGCGUCGAGCAGGAUGCUCUAGAUUCAGCCAGUGUAUGUAUAUGUGUGCAUGUGUACAGGACGAAAACCGGUCGAUGAAAUCGUUAUAUACGGUUUGUUUUUUUUUCACUCUUAACACACGCACGCGCACGCUCACGUUCCCACUUGUGUGCGAGUAUUAUUUUUUUUUUUAACUUCCAGUUCGAUAAUAUACGGUUUUCUCGCUAACCGGUUCCCCCGAGCCACCGCCGUUGCCUCGGAUGCUGCGCCGUGCGUGGACACGAAAAAGGAAAAAAUAUAUCAAUUAUUAUAUAUAUAUAUUAUAUAUAAUAUAUAUGAUAAUAUUAUAUUAUAUUAAAUAUAUAUUUUACAUGAUAUGAUUAUAAUAAUGUGUAAACGUGUGUUUCGGCUAGGUUAUUUUGUUUACUCUCAACACCCGUGUUUCCCAACAGGGCGGUUAAAAUCUCGGUUAUAUUUCAGUUGUAAAUAAUAAAAAAAAUAUUCUUAAAGUAAAUAAUAUACUAUGUAGAAAGAACGUCAAAGUUCGUUUGUGCAUAUAAAAGUAUGUAUGUACAUAUAUUAUAAUAACAUAAUUAUAUUAAUUUUGUCGCUUCGGGGUGUUUCUGUACGAAAUACGGUAAAAAAAAAUUUAAAUGACAUGAUUUGCAUUCACGCAAUGUUCUUUGAUACUUCUUAAAAUUAUAUUAGGUAAUUAUGAUAAAAAAAAAAUAUAUAUAUAAAAAAAUAAAUUGUGUAAUGUAUAUAUUAUAAGACUAUGUAGGUAUAUCGUCAAACAGAUGACGAUAACGGUAAUAAUUGGUAAUAAUUAUAACGAUUCGAAUAUAAAUAAUGAUAAUAAUGUGUUCAGCAUCCAACCAGCACAUAUAUACACACGGUAUAAGUAGAGUGUUUUAAAAAUGUCGUAAAGCUAGUCAAAAGACGAUACGUAAAAUUAAAUAUGUAAAAAAUACAAAAAACGAUAAAAUCAAUUUUAUUUAACGGAUAUAAUAACAAUAAUAUAGACAAUGUGUUAGAUCAUAAUAUAAAUUUAUAAUAUACAAUUAUAAUACGUUUACCUACGAUCGUUUUAAUUUUAAUAAAUAUACAUAUUAUAUUAUCAUUUUAUUUUUUUUAUGUUAUACGUUAUACAUUUUAUAAUAUUAUAUACUAUUAUGUUUUGAUUAUUAUAUACUAUUUUUUUAAACGGAUCUAAUAAUAUUAAUAGUACACAUUAUGAUUACGUUAAAUAUUAUUUAAUAAUAAUAGAUAGACUAUAAGGGUAAAAUUUACGAAUUUUUUUUUUUUUGUUUUUUAACGAGAUUAUAUUAUAACAUCUUGUGUGUAAGUUACCAAUAUAAUUUUAUGCGCCUUCGUAAUACUGUUGUCUAUUAUAUUUUUUUUUUUUUUUUUUUGAUUAUAUUUUUUUGUUAAUUUUUAAUUUUUAAUAAUAUUAUUAAAUUUUUAAGAUUGUUAUUUGAAUUUAUUGAAAAAAAACAACUCAAAUUUAUAUAUUUUUAUUAAGUGUUAUGUUUAAAUUUUUACUAUUAUAGUUGUAAUAAAUACUUACAUAUAAUAUAUAUAAUAUAUAUAUAUGUGUAUAUACAAAUAUACAUAUAUAUGUGUGU